UUUUGUCUAUAUUAUGUCAAAAAUUAAGAAAUUUUUUACUCGGAAAAAGGAAGAAGCUGCAUUUAAAUUAAAAAUAGGUGGAACUUUAGGUCAAGGUCAUGCCCUUAACGCUCCUUCGGAGCCUUCGGGUUCUCAACGUAAAUCUAAUCAUAAGGCAUACGAGCCGCCCAAACGUAAAGAACUAAGCAAUGAAGCGCGAGCAGCCGCGGCCGCUGCUUUAGCACGUAUUGAAACCAAGGAUACAAGGGAGUUUAAUACAUCGCUAGCAGCCAUUAAGGCUCAAGCUAAAAGAGAAUUGGAAGCAGAAAGAAAAGUAAGGGAAGAUAGAAAGGCCGACGAAAACACGUCAGAAACUGAAACGCGCCCGGACGUAACUUUAGCUUGUCAAGGCGUGUUCUUUCGUUGUCCCAUGAUAAGUGACGAAGUAUUACCUAAAAAGGAUUGGAAAGUGAAAAUUAAAGAAUUUCUCUAUCAACAAUUGGAAAGCGAAAGAGCGUUAACAUCUUGUCUGAUUAUUCAAAAUUGCAAUACUAAGGAAAAGGCUGAAGAAUGCGUUAAAACACUAAUAAAAUAUUUGGAAAAUAUAAUUAAUCAUCCGGAAGAAGAAAAAUAUCUUAAAAUACGUAUGUCUAAUCGGAUUUUUAGCGAAAAGGUUCGUUAUGUAGAAGGAGCUUUAGACUUUUUAAUAGCAGCCGGUUUUCAUGAAAUUGAAAUUGAUAAUGAAAGCUUUCUUAUUUGGUCAAAGGAUAAUAUUGAAGAGGGUCAAGAUUUGCCGACAUUGUUAGACGCUUUAAAGAAUGCUGGGCCUAUAACUUUAGAGUUGGAACGUAACAUUAAAGUGCUAUUGCCUUCACAAGCCAAACGCGUUAAAUUGCCGGAUGACUUUUACCGCAUGUCGCCCGAGGAGAUUAAGAGAGAACAACAAAUGCGAACUGAAGCUUUAGAGAACGCCCAAGUCCUAAAAACGAAGGCUAUGCGAGAACGAGAGGAACAACGUGUUCUCCGUAUGUAUCGUUAUGCUUUAGUACGUGUAAAAUUCCCAAACGGCAUUUAUAUCCAAGGUACUUUCAAUGUUUAUGAAAAAAUUAGUGAUAUCUUCGAAAUGGUUCAGUCUUGUCUCAGCGACGAGACGCUAGAAUUUAAUUUGAUUUCCUCAAGUGAUGGUAGACUUUCUGAUGACGAUAUGGAGAAAUCCUUGUACGAUUUAAGACUCAUUCCAAAUGUUGUUUUGCUGUUUUCAAUACCUGAUCAAGUUAACACCAACUAUAUUGACACUAAUUUUCUUAAGGAGGAAUUGUUGCUAUUGGUGCAGUCAUUGUAAAUUUUAAAGUUUGAACGACCACUGAAACAGGAUUCUAUAUAUUGAAAAAUUUAUUUAUAUAUGUAUUUUUGUUUUGCUUUCAUUUGCAUUCUUUUGCAUUUGG